AUGUGCAUCACUUUGAAUUCCAAAAAUAAAUUUGGCUUCGUGGAUGGAUCUAUUGCUCAACCUGCUGAGACAAAUCCUAUGGCAGGGGCGUUGUUCCGCUGCAACAACAUGGUUCUCUCCUGGCUUCUCAACGCCAUGGCAAAAGAUAUAGUAGACAGUCUCCUCUACCUUGAUAGCGCGCGGGCAGUGUGGGUCGACUUCCAUGACCGGUUCCAACAAACCAACACCCCUCGCAUUUUUCAGCUGAAACAAAUGAUGAACAGCUCAAUGCAAGGGGCUCUCAAUGUUAAUAGCUACUAUACGAGAAUGAAAAUGUUGUGGGACGAACUUAAAACUUGCCAGCCCACUCCAGUAUGCUGUUGUGGAGGAAUGAAAGCCUGGAAUGAUUAUAUGGAGCAGGAAUUCGUCAUGCUCUUCUUAAUGGGACUCAAGGAUUCUUACACGUCCAUACGGAGUCAAAUCCUCAUGAUGGAAACACCUCCUUCCAUCUCGAAAGUUUUCAGUCUUGUGAUUCAAGAGGAGAGACAUUGGGUUGUCAGAAACGCCAUUGGAACAGAGACAUUCAACGGCGCGAUGGAAUCUGCCAAUGUUGCCCUAACACAGGGAGGAAGAAGAAGGCCCACGUGUACCCACUGUGGGCUUUUGGGCCAUAUAGUGGUCCAAUGUUAUAAACUACAUGGGUACCCACCUGGCUAUUGGUCUAAAUCCAAAGGCACAUCUAGCCCAUCUGCCACCACUAAAGCCCAACAGUGUGGGUCUUCACUAAAGCCUGUUGGGUUACAAUCUUCUUCUUCCCCGCAUGUCUCCUCCACCGUUGCUCCCACUUGUUCAACCAGUGUGCCGUCUGCCACCUCCAGCUCGGCUGCCUCUGUUAUGGCUCUCACCACAGAUUAA